GCAAAUUGAUCAUAUUUAAUGAUACAAUUUAUGAGAUCACGAUGUGGAACAUUGAUAAAUUAUCGAUUAGGACUCGUAUUUUAAUAGAUUGGGAAUUUAUACCUGAAUCUAUUAAAAUUAGCGAUGAUGAAGAAUUAUUAUUAGUAUUGAAAACAGAAACGGCAAUAGAAAGAUUUUAUUUGAUCGCUUCUGGAAAAGGAGAAAGAAUAUUAUUUACUACAGACGAUGAAUGUGUUUUAGUGGACCCUUAUGAGCUCGGUAACCUCAGAGGUCGCGGAAAUCUAAUAGAUGCGAGUGAACUUUUAAUAAGGAAUAAAGUUCAAAUUCAAAAACCAUACAUGAUUCAAUCGGAUGGAAUAUCGGAUAAAAUAAUUUAUACGGUUGACGGAAAAGUUUUAAUUGAAGAAUUAGUGCCUGAUAAAAAAUGGAUCGAUAAUUGGGUUGGAUACUUACGAAAAGAACUGGAAGACAAUAAUAGAAUUACAACUCC